CAAAAAAGACAUUUUGGUAAAUGUUGAAGCUGUCAAAUAUUGAAGUUGAAAAAAUGAAAUUAGUUGAAGUCUGAAUUUUACCCGUAUGAAUUAUUACAUGUAAAAUGCCGAUAUAAACAAAAAUAAUGGCGCAAAAUUUACAGAAAAAACCCUCCAAGGGCAUAUUGAAGACGUCUCGUAGCGUCGAUGGCUCUGACGGAAUGCCAUCUUGCAGUAAGCGAGCGAAAGAACAGAGAUUUGAUGAAAUGAACAUUAUGGAGACUUUUCAUCCACCGAAUAAGGACUAUGGUCACAUGAAGGUAGAAGAACCUAAAACGCCUUUUUCGGAGACGGUAGACGGUGAUUUGGAACCAAAUGAUGAAUUAGAUGCUAAUCUACUCGCAGCUAAGUUAGCUGCCAGCAUGAACAAGCCGCCGAAGUGCGUGGAGUCCUGUGACGAUAGUGACGAGGACAUGGAGGAGCCGGAGGAAGUACGCCGAAAGCGUAUCGAGUUCGAGAAGAAAAGGAAAAUGCAUUACAAUGAAUUCCAGGCAUUACAACUGGCUCGACAGCUGAUGGCUCAAGAAGAUGACGAAGAUAAUGACGACAAAGCCGAGAAGUCUACCACCUGACUGCCAGAGAUGGCCCUCAUACUGCAAGAAACAUACAUUGGCUUCAAGCUGGUUUGGAAUUAAUACCACUAGAAGUUGAAAGAAAAGUGUUCAAAAUGGUACGUUUCAGAAUGUUCAGGAGUUCAUGGGACUACUGUUAUCUUGUAAUUAUUUACUAUUUUUCUUUAAAAAUAUAUUUAAAAGAGCGUUUAUGAGUAUUAUGAGCGUUUAUGAGCAUAUUUAUUGUCUUUGGGGUGAAGGCACUUGUUGAGAUAUAACAUAUUUUUUUACAAGCAGAGCUUAUUCUCGUUAUAUAAUUGAGACAAUAUUUUAUUUUAGUUCAAGAAAAUCAACAAAAAAUGUGUUAAGUACUUAAAAUUGGUAAUGUAAUAUGGAUAUGUUAAAUACAAUGAAGGUUGUUUGUAGUGUUCCCAAAUUAAGUUGUACUGUAUACAGUUUUAUCUAUUUUAAUAUUACCUUAAUUUUGCUAGUGAAAAGAUCAGAGUUCAUUUAAUAAUGUAAAUAAUACUUAUCUUUGCUCAUUAGCUACUGAUAGAUUGUGGAUAAUUCUGGGUCAACGAAACGAAACAUUUGGAACUCUGGGCUUCAGAUACUUUGAUUCUCUUUGUGUUUUUGAUUGUAUGUUAUGUGCAUAAUUCAUAAUUCGAUAUUAUCCUGUAGUUUAUACUGCUACCGAAGCAGGGUUCAUAUGUAUAGCUAUAAUCAUCCACUAUUUGCUUCAUAAGACUAUUUUUGCGGGAUUUGUUAUGCUGAAUGAACUACUAACUAAUGCCCAACUGCUAUGACGUACAUAUUUGUCCUUUUUUAAAAAGGCUUGAAAAGUUUAUAUCUGGAAGAGUUUUUAGAUGUAGAGUUAUAGUAGGCCGCGGUAUGGUGCUGCCCUGUCAUUGAUAAAAUCGUCUAUAAGUGACAACAACCACAAAAGAUUAUGUAGGCUCUGCCCACGACAGGAAUUAAAAGUAAAACAAGUCUCAAGUACAAACUAUUACGAGUAUGUACUAUGAUUUCACAAUUUUAAUCAAUUUGACAUUGAUAAUGUUGUCAUGUUGUUAAAUUUUAUUUGGUUCCGAUCUUUUCGUUAUUCGAGUCAAUGUUUUUAUUUUCAGUUUUUCUAACACCAGUUUGAAGCCAAUUUUUAAAAAAAUUGUAAUUGUUCAAUGAUAAAAAAUUUUAAAGUAUUUAUUUGAUAUAUCAUGAUAAUGUACUUUAAUUUAUGUUCUUAGGUUAGGCGAAACAAUAUUCCUUUAUGGUUUUAAGGAAGACAAUUAUUUAGUCAAAAGGCUUCCAAAUUAAAUCCAGAUUGUACUUUAUGUACAUAUUUACUUUUAAUUCUUCAAAUAAUUCAUUCUCAUCUUUGUAGAAUUUUCAUUUUAGCCUUAUUUCUUCAAAGUAGUUUUCUCUGAAUCUAAAGUACUCCCUGUCGUAAUUUAUUGGGUAAUUCUUUUUUUUUAAUAUUUGUAUAAAUACUUAUACACUAUUCUACAAUGACACAGAAUGUUAUCAUAUUUUUACAGUAUAAUAUAAAAUUUCAGGUUUGCAGAAUAAUUAGGUCGGAGGUCCAUUGAUUCUUGAUGGGAAAGAAAAUCUAUUCUUAUGAGUUACAUACCAAACUAACUAAUUUAACUAAGAAAUAUUUUCAUUUUCCGUCACUUUACAUUUAAUUGGGUUUUGAAAUACUCAAACUAAAUCGUUAUGUGUUUUAGUGUCUACAAAAAUAAUUAUGCUGUUGAAAAUAUAAAGGAGGUUAUGAAAAAUAUUGAAUAUAAAAUAUCGUUGGAGUUUAAAUCACUACCUACCUCAAAAUGAGUUCUUGAAAAUAUGAUACAUAAAAAUUUUUGGCGCCAAUAUUUCGUUACUUCAAUCCCAAUAAUUUGACACUUGUCUUGUCAAUGUCCUGAUGUUACCUACCGUUAGUCUGUAAACCAUGGUUUGAUUCGAAGCUGACUUUAUGAUGACAUACAUUGUCAUACAUAGAAUUAGUUAAAAAAUUGAAUAAAAUAACUUGUAAUCAAUUUAUAAUUUGUCGUAAACGCAGAAAUUACAUGAUUUAUAUUUAAUAUAACUUUUUACUUAACAUUUCUAUUAAUUUUAGUGUAAGUUAUCCUUAGAUUUGCAUCACAUAACAAUGGUAUUUUCUAAUGCUUUUCUCCUUGUACUGGCUUCCAAAAUUUGGAAGUCUUAAUAGUUUAAUUUGAAAAAUGUAUUAUUGCAUUAUGUGCCAAGUACGUACAUAUUGUGCGUCUUUAAUGAUUAACACAGAAAACUAUUAUCUUCUAUUUUACUACAUAAUUUUCUUUAAUAUUCAUUUGCAUGUCUAUGCAUUUAAUUAGUAUAUUUUUUAAAUAUAUUUUACUUAAUUCGACAGAUUUAUGUAUAUUUACGAAAUUGUAUAAAAUGUUCAAAAUGUCAUUUUAAUUUGAACAAAAAAACUUGUAUUUAGUUUUAAUAUAUAAAUGCGUGUUUGUGAAUGCGUUUGAUGUAACAGUUUCAUAAUAUUAAAUCGAUAAGUUUCAGAAACAUGAUUGAUUGUAAUUAACCGUUUUAAACGGUAAAAAAUAAUUUAAGUCUCAUUGCCUUGGAUGCCUGCAACUAGAAAUAUUUAUAUAAUCAAACUCAAUUAAUCUACUGCGUUUUAUAUGAAAUUAAAAAUAUUUGCAAGUGGAUUAUUGGGGUAGUUGAUUGGUACGUGAUAUACCUACUUAUUGAAACGUACGAUAUUUUGGGAAGAAAUUCUUUGAAAUCGACUAUCUUUAAAAAUCUCUGUAAUAGAAAGCAAAGUAUUGGCAGUACGUAAUGCAUUACGUAUUGUUCAUUUAAAACACUUAUCUACAGUACAUAGGAACGAGUUUAAUUUAGUAUUGCCCUACGCGUGUCUUAUGAGAAAUAAAAAUUGAAAUUUUGCUAUCGUGUUCACAUUUAGUAAAUUAUUAAUUUAUCUAUAAGAGAAUACAAAACAUUAAAAUUUCAUUGAAUUUUUCGAGUUGCAGGGCAUAUCGUGACUGGGGUUUCUCUGCGUCAAAGUAUAAUCCGUUCCUGUCUGAAGAGUUGAUAUAUCUUUUCUCGAGAUGAGAAUCAGAAUUGCCAUUAUAGUGUCUAUGGUGGCCCCGGUCUCGUUUAUUAUCAGACGGGCCACCAGCAAAAAUGGGCGUAUAGUUCUCAAGAUUACAAAUGCGUUCGACAUGGUCUUACAAUGUCAAUUCCUAGGUUUACUUAGGCAGCGGCUGUCAGUUUUUUUAAUGUUCGGACAUCAGUCGAGGUUGCCGCUCCGAUAUCUCACUACAAGGCUUGAUGGUUUACAUUUCGCUUUUGUUUUGAAAUGAUUGAUAGAGCAUCUUGCUGCUAUGAAGUUUUUCUCACACAGAAUUCGAAUUACAAAUACCCUCGUAUAAAUAACCUCGGCGAGUUGGCGAUGUUGGCGUCUCGUAUGCAGCUUUAAUGUGUCCCUGGCAUUGCCCAUGUCCAAGAACGACGGUUACUCUGCAAUUACUAAUCCGAGAGGCGUUUACGUAAUAGCUUCUCGUAUAAUUAGUCUUAACACUGAGAGGACGCUGAACGGACGAAAGCUCACGCGUUCUUGUUUCCAGGUAUUUCCUAAGCGAAACCUAUAGCAUGCGUAAAAUAUAAUUAAAUUCAAAAUAAGACUUAGAUCAGUGAACAUAUUCGAAAGAUUUUGAUCGAGAUCAUUAAUUCAUCUCAUAAGUAACAUGUGUCUCGAUUUUCAGAAUUGCCAGGUAAGUAAUACAAUUUAUGUUUUUCGUGAUUAAAGUGGGUCAGACGAGGAAGGACAAAACUCAUUGUCUGAAAAGUGAAUGUAAACAAUACGUUUUAUAUUAGUGCAGACUUAUAACUCUUUGUAGAUUGAGCAGAAAAUAAAUAAAUUUGGUGUUGCAAGUAUCCAUUGCACGAAAAUGUUCAAGUAAAUUGAUUGUUACAUGUAUGUUGUUGUUAGAUGCUUCGUAAUUAAAUACAGGGCUUUCCUAGAGCGAUGCGAUACUUAUAUUCUAGAAGAAUUAAUUAUUUUAUAUUUAACCUAGUGGUUGUUGAAAAUAUAAUAUGUAAAUUGUAUAUUAGGUAACUAACAUUUUCCAUAGAAAAUUAUAUGAUAUUUCGGUUUCACAAUUCUGUGUUUGUUUCGCUUUGUAACACGAUUCGCAACAAUUUGUAUCUCCGCUUAUUAAAAUAAUUAUUUUUAUAGUAUUUUUAACAUGUUUGAGAAAUUUUCAUUAUUUUUCUCGAUUCCUCACUCGACAUCACUGGUUUUACUGGUUAAUUGUAGUCGUGCAUUCUGGUUUGAAGAUUGGAACAACCAAACAAUCGAGACUUCGCCCUUAACGUGGGUGACCGCAUUUACGUUGUGAUGUUUAUGGUCAACCUACGAAUGCCCGUGAGGGGGUUUAUCCAUCAAUGCAAUUUAAAUAAUAAAACGUGACAAUGUCGUGACUGUGUUUUUGUACAGAAUGUUGCUUUUAUUUUAGAUGCAUGUGUAAACUGUAAAUAACGAUGGAUUAAUAAAAUAAAAAAAAUAUUAUUUGAAAA